AUGGAACAUCGCCUCAUUAAAACUGUUAACUACAGACUAAUACCCUCACUCCCCCAUACAUCUACAACUGUAAACCACAGACUAAUACCCUCACUCCCCCAUACAUCUACAACUGUAAACCACAGACUAAUACCCUCACUCCCUCCCCCAUACAUCUACAACUGUAAACCACAGACUAAUACCCUCACUCCCCCAAACAUCUACAACUGUAAAACACAGACUAAUACCCUCACACCCCCAAACAACUACAACUGUAAACCACAGACUAAUACCCUCAAACCUACAACUAAACCACAGACUAAUACCCUCACUCCCCCAUACAUCUACAACUGUAAACCACAGACUAAUACCCUCACUCCCCCAUACAUCUACAACUGUAAACCACAGACUAAUACCCUCACUCCCCCAUACAUCUACAACUGUAAACCACAGACUAAUACCCUCACUCCCCCAUACAUCUACAACUGUAAACCACAGACUAAUACCCUCACUCCCCCAUACAUCUACAACUGUAAACCACAGACUAAUACCCUCACUCCCCCAUACAUCUACAACUGUAAACCACAGACUAAUACCCUCACUCCCCAAUACAUCUACAACUGUAAACCACAGACUAAUACCCUCACUCCCCCAUACAUCUACAACUAA